CCCAUGCUAGUCAGGAUAUCAGCAUCUGCUGCAUCAAUUUUGACCAUUCUUUUUCCAUCUCCCUCUAUCAAGUCCUCCAACAUCAAGGAAGUACAUUAGCCUACUGAAGCACUGAAGCAAUACUUUAAAAGUUGCACAACAUUGAAAGAGGCGUUACCGCCGAAACGUAUUAGUAAUAGCCCGGUUCAUGUUAGGUUCAUAUCAAAUACACCCUGAACGUAUUUAUUCAGCGUCGGACAGAAGAGCGAAUAGAGAAGUUAUCAUGAGUUAUCAGUUAAAUGAUGUCAAGAGUCCUGACCACGAACUGGUGUGGCACAAAAACUUCAAAUUGAUCAGAGGGAUUCACAAUCCAGACGAUGUGGACCAGAUCUACAACCUGGACAUCCGAGACUCUGAUGUGUUUGUUGUCACAUACCCAAAAUCAGGGACCAUCUGGAUGCAGCAGAUCCUACGGCUCCUUGAUGCAAAGGGAGAUGUGACAGCCAUCAGGAAGCUCAACAGCUACUUCAAUGCUGAUCUCAUCCCCUGGAUUGAGGUGAAUGAUAACAGACAGACCUUUAUAACAGCCCCAUCACCUAGACUGAGGGUCUCUCAUCUACCAUACCAGUUGAUGCCUUCUGCUCUGAGCCAGAAGAGAGGCAAGGUGAUCUACGUGGCAAGAAAUCCCAAAGAUGUCCUGGUGUCCUACUUCUACUUUCACAAAAUAGCAACCAUGCUGGAAACCCCAAAGGAUUUCCAUGACUUCUUUGAGAAAUUCAUGAAAGGAGAAGUGUUUGGGUGCAGCUGGUUUGAGCACAUUAGGACUUGGUACUCUCACAAGGAUGAUAUGAACAUGCUGUUCAUCACUUAUGAAGAAAUGAUUCAAGACCUGCAGUCAGCAGUAGAGAGGAUCUCCUUGUUCCUGGGUAAAGAACUCACUGAUGAACAGCUGACCAACGUGGUGAAAUACAGCACCUUCAACAACAUGAAGAAGAUCCCCCAGGCCAACUAUGAGCAAAUCUCACUUGACUUGCUCAACCAUAACCAGGGAACAUUCAUGAGGAAAGGCAUCAUAGGUGACUGGAAGAAUCACUUCACUGUGGCUCAGAAUGAGAGGUUUGAUGAGGUCUUCCAGAGGGAGAUGAAGGACUUUCCUCUGUCUUUUAUCUGGGACAUUAAGUGAUCAACUGUUGGUCUCAUGACAAAGAAGAUACUCACAGUUGCAGCUUCAUGAACACUAUGCUAUACAGACAAAUAAAUUAGUUGUGUCAGCUUCUCUUUUCUUCUGCCAUACCAGUGGAUAAAACACUUUGCUGAUAUUUUCUAAAGCACUCUAUAGUUUUUGUUAUCUUCCAGGCAGCCAGUGGUUUCAGUUCAUUUUAGUAUGCUAUGAAAAUCUAUGCAAAGCUGCACAGAGACUAUGGGUAUUGGUUGCAAUCUUGAUAUGUAGUCUUUUAUCAUUGCACCAUAACUAUGUGUUUCUAUUUCAGUGUAAUGGGGCUUGUUUUCUUGAGAUAAUUAAAUAUCUAUUCAGUGGUUAUGUAAAACAGAACAACAAAGGCCCCACUGUAAGAGCAUCUUGCAGAGACUGUAUAGCUUCUUGAGUUAGGUAAUCCUUCAUUGGGGUCAAGUCUGUCUUCUACUUGUCACAGCUACAUUAUUGUUGCUUGGUAAUGCAGUGCUUCAGAUCAAUUGGGGACCACACCUACUGUUACUGCAAAAUCCCAUAGAAAUGUGAGCUAAACUGCAAACAUGUGGUCAUGAACUUGACAAAAUCAAAAAGACUUGCAACUCCACUUUGACUUUAACCACCAGUGACACAUUACUUCUCUUUGACUUAAGCCUUAUAACUUGGAAUGACUUGAUAGGUGGUAUCAAGUCAUUCCAACCCUAAAAUCAAAGAUUCAAACCUAUGUCAUAAAUAAAAGUGUGGAGCCAAUCAACUCUUCAUUUUACCACAGAUUUACUGUGAAUCAAUCAGCCAGUCAUGUUGGGCGAGCAGGAGUGACAGACAACAGAUGAACCUCAGAUGAUCACAUUUACUCUCUGCUGCCGUCUACAAAACAUGCAACAUGCAAAACAUUCAGCUCAGAAAUGACCAAUGAUUGUAAAUGUGUAACUUGACGUUGUUCACCUCUGCAACUGAUUGUGAUGUUUUAAAGUUUAGACUUCUUCUGAAACAUGUAUAAACUGUAUAUUCAUGUAUAUUGAACAAUAGAAGUGAUUACUUGCAUAUAUUCAGAAUGCAUUAAACUGUACAAAUCUUGAAAGAUCUUACCAUGUGA